AUGAAGACUCUGGUGGUGUUUGACUUCGACCACACCUUGGUGGAUGACAACAGUGACACCUGGGUCAUUAAGUGUAUCCCAGACCAAUGCCUGCCAGACCUGGUCAAGAACUCCUACCAGAAGGGACACUGGACAGAGUACAUGGGCAGAGUCAUGUCCUAUAUAGGAGACCAGGACAUCAGCCCUGAUACAGUCCGAAGUGUCAUGGAGACCAUACCGUUUACAGAUGGAAUGAUUGAACUGUUGACGUUCAUUGUGAGUAACAAGAACGACAUCGACUGCAUCAUCAUCUCAGAUUCAAACACAGUGUUCAUCAACUGGAUACUGCAAGUGGCUGGGGUUCAAGCCGCUGUCAACCAAGUCUUCACCAACCCAGCUACGUUUGACAAGCGUGGAUACAUGGAGAUAGAAUGCUACCAUUCUCACCAGUGUAGCCAGUGCCCUGUCAAUCUUUGUAAGAGGAAAGUGCUGGCUGAUUUCCUAGCAGGGCAGUUGAAGGGAGGGGUAGAGUAUCAGAGAACUUUCUAUGUAGGGGACGGAGGGAACGACCUUUGCCCUUCCAACAGUCUAAGGGAAGGAGAUGUGGUGUUCCCUAGAAAGGGUUACACCUUGGAGAGGCUGCUCUCUAGACAGAGUGCACAACAAGGAGAGGGUUCAUCGAACCCAAGAGUCGUAGGAUGGACAAGCGGAAAAGAGAUCCUGAUUGAACUGAAAGCAUGUGUUCAACCACAGGGAUAGGUUACAGUCAGUCACCCUAAUAGUGCUCUUUCUCAUACUAAAAGAAGUGUACUUGCAACGUUAAAAAGUAUACCAAAUGCUUGAGAGGGAAGGAUUGUGAUUGUGUCUUUGUCCUGUUUUGAAAAGUAUUUUAAGAUCAUAUAUUAAAUCUGUGUGACCCUGUGGAACUGUGUAUCACGUCACUGUCUCAGGUUCAGAUGCAAAUGAAUGUCAAUCUGUGCUUCUUUUUGUAUUUAGCUCAUGUAGAAAGAUACAGAACCCAGUAGACAGAAAAUGAAAAAACUAAGCACACCUGUAAACUACAUGUUAUAACCGUUUAUGGUCAAAUAUAUAGGCUAGGAUGUACAGUCAAUGAAAUACACUGGCAUCACUUUUUACUAGGGUACUAUCUAUGUGAAAAAUGUAUUACCAGUCCAGUGUAUUAACAGUCCAGUGUAUUAACAGUGCAAUUAUUUGUUGUCUCUACUAGGCUGUAUUGUGAGUGUUAUUAUAUAAAUUGAUCCUAACGGUUUCUGCUUCAGCAGUGCGGCUUUGUGGACCGUGACCCCAUCUCCCUGCCUCCCAACAUACCCCUCUGUCUGUCCCUUGUUCAUGUCAAUACGCUGUCAGUAGGACGGGGCGCGGUGAAUGUGAUUGGUCGAACCCUGCUAUUUGCGGCUGGUAAGAUUAUCGGAGGCGCUGCUAUCUGCGGCGGGGAUGCGCUGUCACCUCAGUUGAGCGCCUUCCGCGUCAGCCUCGAUAGAGAACGAAACUAA